AUGGAAGAUAAUAACGAGGACCAGCUAUGCUUAGUUGUUAACUGUCCAAUCAAUGGUUACUGGUCGGAUUGGGCUGCAUGGGGCGCGUGUGACGUCACCUGUGGAAACGGAACAAUGACAAGAAGUCGAUCAUGUGACAAUCCUCAGCCCGAAUUUGGAGGAGAGGACUGCGUCGGAAAUGCAACUGACGUAACAGAAUGCCCAGACACGUGUUGUCCAGUUACUUCGGCUGGACCUGGCUCUACAGCAACAACAUCUGCAUCAGGUGCACCCACUUCUUCCUUGCCCUCACCCUCGUCUGGUACUGACUCUGCUGCUUCGACCAUAGCUUCAACAGCGGUAUCAUCUGCCACUGGCGGUUUGACUGAUACGACAAUAGUGGCAGCGACAACAAAGACAUCUACGACAACCGUAGCAACAACAACGCCUGCAGGGUUUCAGCCUUUAGUUGACUGCGAUUUUGAAGACAACACGUUGUGUACGUCCUGGCAUAACGCCCAGGGCGCGGACGAUUUUGAUUGGACCCUUCAUGAACAACAAACGGCAACCGACGGAACAGGGCCACAAAACGAUCAUACAUUUGGCAACAGCUCUGGAACAUAUAUCUAUAUUGAAUCCAGUUCACCCCGUCAAACCAAUGAGAAAGCCUGGUUAGAGAGCCAGUUGAUUGCUGCAAGGCACCCUCUUUGUUUAUCGUUCUGGUUUUCUAUGUACGGAUCUAGUAUUGGUCAACUUAACAUUUACGAGUACGAUGGGUCUCAACGUCCCGGAAAAAUAGCGUGGUCUUUAGAUGGAAACCAAGGAAAUAAGUGGCAGCAAGCUAAUGUUCCAUUAACAUCGAACGUCAUCUUCUCAGUAAUUAUUGAGGCUACCGUUGGCAACGGCUACCUUGGUGAUGUAGCAAUUGACGACAUAUCAUUAGAUGACCGUCAAUGUAACAUGCUACCAGAGUCAGCAAAACCAUCGGUUUAUACGACAAUGUCACACACGACAGUACCACAUACUUCACAACAACAGACAUACUCAUCUACAACACCCGUAACGCAUUUAUCCGGAUGGUCUGCUUGGUUCCACGGUCCAUGUUCGGUAACCUGCGGUACAGGGAUCCAAACCAGACUACGUCAUUGUAACACGGGACACGUGGUGGAUUGCCCGGGCAAUAAAACGGAAACAAUCGCCUGUCAAAUGAAGCCUUGUCCAGCGUGGUCGAGCUGGUUUAACUUGCCAUGCUCAACAACGUGCGGCAAUGGAACUCGAACCCGAUUACGCCACUGCAGCAGCGGACACGUGGAUGACUGUUCCGGCAAAAACACGGACAAUGUCACAUGCAACAUGACUCCGUGUAUAGUUCAUGGCGGAUGGAGUAAUUGGUCAGCUUGGUCGCAGUGCGAUGUUACAUGUGAGAACGGCCACGUCCAGCGCAUGCGCACAUGUACUAACCCUGCACCUGCAUAUGGAGGAGACGCCUGCGGAGGAAACAGCUUCGAGAUGCUUCAAUGUUCAUUGCCUACAUGUCCAUCAUGGUCGGCAUGGUUUGAUGGGGACUGCUCUGUUACGUGCGGUGUCGGAACAAUGUCUCGACUAAGGUUUUGCUCCUCUGGUCACGAUGAGGACUGUUUAGGUAGUCCCUUUGACUCGUAUUCCUGCACAAAGCCGGGCUGCUGAAACCUGAUUACAUUUUUUGUUUGCAUGUAUAAUUGGUAUUGGUACAUCUAAAUCUAGAAUUAAACUCCCAAAUAUGCAUUUUAA